AUGUUUGGAGCUUUGAAUCGUUUCAUUGCACGUCUUGAUUCUGACCCAGCACCUCAAUCAGCCACGGGCGGGCCCAGUGACAGCUCGUAUGGAUUCCAAGUACUGCGCAACACCAAUGCCGAGUUGCCCAUAGAGCCAUGGUUUGACUUUAUCGUUGGAAUCAAUGGUCAUGUCAUUGAUGAUCCUGAUCCACAGCUUUUUGCCAGAGAAGUCAGGAAUUGCGCAGGAUACUCCCUCUCCCUUGAUAUAUGGAGCGCUAAGGGUCAACGGUCACAUACCCUCACUGUCGCUGUGCCGCCUGCACCCAAGUCUCUCGGCCUCACCCUUCAAUUAGCUCCUUUAAAUGCCACACAGAACAUCUGGCACAUCCUCUCGAUACCCUCUCCACUCUCUCCAGCACAUCUUGCCGGUCUGCUUCCACAUUCAGAUUACAUACUUGGUACCCCGUCAGGCACACUUCGGGGCGAGGCUGCCCUUGGGGAACUUGUUGAGGAUCAUCUCAACAGAAGUUUGGUCCUGUGGGUCUACAAUUCCGAGUUUGACGUGGUACGAGAGGUGGAGAUAGUACCGCGAAGAGGAUGGGGAGGCGAAGGUGCGCUGGGAGCUGUUCUUGGGUUUGGUGCUCUACAUCGAUUGCCGGUGGGUCUUGGUGAAGAAAUACAAGCUCCCGGUGAGAAGUUGUUCGAGGCAGAACAGAGAGCGAGCAUGGAGAAAGCCUCUACUAAUGAGGGUGUAUACUUCAUCCCGGCUGAAUCUAAGGGACCAAUACAGCAACAACCACCCCCAUUGGCCAAUCCAAAUGUUUUGGCUCCACCAAUGGUCAGUCCGAGUGCCAUGGUUGGUGGAACCUCAAUACCUGGAGCAGCUGCAUUACAUAGUAAGAAGUCAAGGCAUCGUGCUGGGGGCCCUCCAAACAGAGCUUUCGAUGAUAUUUUUCAAGAAGGGGCUAAGAAAAGCCAGGAGCAAGAUUUUGUUCCAAGCAGGAAAGGGACACCAGUCGCACCGCCUCCCAAAACGGGAGAAACAGAUGGAUUAUCUACCACUGGCUCACAAAGAGUCGGUUCCAGCGCUAGCCCUGCAGCAGUAGAAGAUACCGGCGAGCCUGGCGACACCGAAGCAACAUAA